UUCGCUAGAGGGAGCUGUGAAGCCGUCGACGGUAGUCCAAGAUGGCAGCGCUCAGUGGGAACGUGCAGGAAAGCGUCUUGGAAUUUGUACAAGGGCAGCAAGAUAGCGCCUUGCAGAAUAUUGCAAAAGCUGUGUUUGACGGGGAAAACAGUCUCUUACAGUUGGUGGAGAGUCUGGGGUCCUCUCUCACCAGCACUGAGGUCACCACCAGGGCAAGAGCCACCCAGCUGCUGGCAGAGGUACUGCACAGGUCACCUACCAACAGGUUGACUGAGAAAGAGGCUGGUGUCUUGUCUGCCUUCUUCUGUGACCGACUGUUGGACCACCAUUCAGUCCAGCCUCAUGUUCUACAUGGACUGUUGGCUCUGAGUGCCUGUCCACAGCUACCAAAGGGAGAGGAAGUCAAGAUCAUACAGGUCAUCUUUAAGGAGGUCUAUGUCCAGACCCUGGUGCAGACAGACAGGAGAGCGAUCUACAACAUCCUGGCUAACUUCCUGGACAGCAGACUGGAAGCCCUGCAGGCUCUGGGUACUGAUGUUGUCUGGGGGUUUAUCCAGGCUAUGGAUGGGGAGAAGGACCCCAGGAACCUCAUCAUAGCCUUCAGCAUUGCCAGGAUCAUUGCACAGUCUUUUCCUAUUGGCACAUUCACAGAAGAGUUUUUCGAAGUCGUAGCGUGCUACUUCCCCAUUGACUUCACUCCGCCUGCUGAUGACCCACACGGGGUGACCAGGGAGGACCUGGUGUUAGGACUCCGACAGGUGCUGGCUGCCACACACCAGUUCGCACAGUUCUGUCUCCCCAUGUUGCUGGAGAAGUUGUCGUCUGAUGUCACCAGUGCCAAACUGGACUCCCUCCAUACACUGGCAGCCUGUGCAGAGGUUUAUGGUGCUGAUGGCCUGAAGUCUUUCCUGGAUCUUCUGUUGUCUGCCAUCAGUAAGGAGGUUUACAACUCCAUUCACCAGGACAUAGAGAACGCAGCACUUACCGGGCUUACUGCUGUGGUGGCAACACUGUCACACGCUGUCACUGAGACUGGUUCUGUGUUCUCCCUGCAUCAUUUCCUAGACAACCUGUUAAAGGCGUGCAAACACCACCUGUGUGAACCUGAGCUGAAGCUGAUGUGGCCGAGUGCCAAGCUGCUGCAGGCUGCAGCGCGAGCGUCCGACCCUGCCUGUGUCCAUGUCCUGAACACCGCCGUGCCCCUCCUGGUGCAGCAGUUUCAGGUCCAUCCCCUCCCCCAGCACCGUCAGACCAUCCUGGAGGUCACCACAGCAUUCAUCCAUGUAGCUCUCACCCUCACCUCGGGCACUGAUGCACCCAAUCCCAUCACUCCCCACAGUGAUGACCUCCUUACCACGUUCUACUCUGUUCUAGAGGAUGCUGAGGCAGGACUGAGAAGCAGUGGGGUUGGUGGGAUGGCUGCCAUGAUGCGUGUGGGUGAUGUGGUCCAGGGGAAACAUUUGGAUUUGUGUGCAAAGCACCUCGGCAGGCUAGUUCUCCAUGAUACAGAUUCUACCGUACAAAGUAGGAGCACGGAGGCGCUAGCUGCCAUGGCCACAGCUCAUCCUGACGUGGUGAAGGAGGAAGUUCUGUCCAAACUUCUCCAAGUGCUCCAGAACAACAGCCCUGAUGCCAUGGACACAGACCAAAGUGUCUGUGCCAAACAUGUGACAAACCAGUAUGUGUUGAACACUCUGGCAGCCAUCUCCACCCACCCCUCCAUUGUAAGAUGUACCAUUCCCAAGUUGUUGAGUCACCACCAAGCUUUGACAGAAAGUUGUACAGACCAAGCCGCACAGGAGGCCAUUGCUACCUUACACUGUGUCCAUAAAAUAGUAGAAAAAACUGUGAUUGAUGACUCUAAUGUACAGUACUUUGUUGACACGAUAGUACUCAAUCUUAUGUCCAUGGCUAUAGCUGCUGCUGUAGAUACCUCAGAUAAACACUUACUCCAUGAUACAUCACUUCUAGAAGUUGUAGCUAAGGUGUUAAGGGUAGUUACUCAACGCCUACCCAAUAGUGCAGAGAGCAGUCUUGUUAACAAAACUGUAGAAGCCUUUCUUCAUGGCAAAGUGGCAUCACUCGGUCUUAACAUAUCUGCAAACUUCACACCCCUAGAUGUUUCAUCACCAUGGCAACAGACCCAAACAGUCCUGCUUCUCAGUGCCGUAGUGAGUAGUGUGGGACAAAACGUUGGCAUUCCCUCUAGAAGUGAACUCACCAAGAAGUUACUGGCAUUGUCUUGUGCGUCCAACCAUGAGCCAUCCUCCCUUGCAGCUGCAAGUGUCUGUCGUGGUGUGGUCAACAAGUGGGAGAAGGGGGAGGAGCUUGAGGCAUUACAAGAAACAAGAGGUCAGCUGGAAGGAAUCCUGAGAAACACUGAGGAGGAGGAAGGCAGAGGCAGGGCUGUCGCUGUACUGGUCUGGUUGACGAAGGCCUUGGUGAUCAGGGGUCAUCCGUCAGGUUCCCAGUUCACCAAGAUGCUUAUGGCACUGUUUGAGGAUAAGGCUGUAGGGAGGAGAGCUGCUGAAGGGUUCCACGUCAUCCUCAGUGACUCUACAGACGUCCUGUGUAAAGAAUCACAUGCCAACAUCCGCCUGAUGUACAAGCAGCGCUUCUUCACGGAGAACCUCCCCGCUCUGGUCGACGGCUUCAACCAAGCAGAUGACGGGAGGAAGCAGUCGUUCCUGUGCGCCGUGUCCCACCUCCUCACCUUCGUACCACGUCAGGUUCUCCUGAGCCUCCCCCCACUGGUGCCCCUGUUGGUACAGUCCCUGCUCGGAGAGGACCCCAGCCUCCAAGUGUCCACCCUGGAGAUGUUCUCCAGUCUUGUGCAGGAGGCUCCCCACGUGAUUUCACAGAACAUAGAUGCACUGAUCCCUCAGUUACUCAACCUCUCUAAAGCUGGUCCAUCCAUGAAGGUUAGAAUGGCAGCCCUGAAAAGCCUGGGCAGUAUGACCGGCCUUCCCUAUGCAGUAGUGUAUCCGUACAGACACAGAGUGGUACGGGACCUGGCUGUGGCAGUGGGGGACAGAAAGAGACUGGUUAGGAAGGAGGCGGUAGCUGCGAGAGGAGAAUGGUUUCUCCUAGGAAGUCCUGGAGGCAAAUAACAGCAUACAGGACAUGACAUUUUAUACAAUGUAUACUAUCUCCUAAAUUUAGCACAUAUACCUAAAUGAGUACAUUUUUGUACUUAGCUCCAGUUAGGGGUGUACUCUUGUAUGUGAUGUAAAGUCAAGGGCCCUAUGUUCGAGGAGAGCCACACCUCAAGCACAUUAAGAUCCCACUGCAUAUCAAAAGGGUCCAUCCUGGUGUGAGUGAAUCA